ACAGAAAAAGGGAAGAAAAAAAGCCCAGCCCACAAGUCAAAUACAGCCAGCCCUUUUUAUGAGCACAAUACCCUCCUGAAGCAGUUCUGCUUUUCCUGGCUGGUGUCUUCAGUUGCGAGCUGCUAAUGUUCCCAAAAGAGGAGGAGGCCCAGUUAUGUUUUCUUGUUUUCCUCCCAACUUCUUCAGCAUUUUAGUCAGAUUUUCAUUUCUGUGAUGGAAGGUAGCCAAGGGAUUCUGAAGGAUGAAGAAAAUAGUGGCAAACAGCCAGGAGAUGAAUGUUCAAAGGGGGAAAAACCUCCAAGGAGGAUUAUUCAUUUUACAAGUGGUGAAACGAUGGAAGAAUACAGCACAGAGGAAGAAGAUAUGGAGGAAAGCGACCACAAUCCACUUCCUGACACUGUUGGCCUCUCCUGGGCUAGUUACCUGCAAUUUUGGGUCCUUCGAAUAGCAGCAACAACUUUUUUUACUUGCGAAUUCCUUGGUGGGAAGUUCGCCGCGCUGUUUGGGCUCAAUGAAUCAAAAUAUCAGUAUGCAAUAGACGAAUACUACAGGACACAGUGCAAGGAAAGUGAAAGUGAUGAAGAUGGUGAAGAGAUGCAGAUGGAGGGGACUGUUUCAUCAAAUGAAAAGGAGCACCUGGAGAGGCAGAGCUGUGGAUAUGGGUCCAUUGAUUCUAAAGAGACCCCUGCAUAUUCUCCGGAAAACACUGUUGCAAUGGUCAAUGAACUUGAAGAAGGUAGCCUCCCCAGACCAAAAAAAAAUGAACUUUAGCCACUGUAAAGUUUGUAAAUAAGCCUUUGGUGCACAUCUAAAUAUGGCAUGCUUUGAAUAAAAUAACACACAGCUUUACCUUCUGUUACCGGAACUUCAUGCUGAAUUCAUUCAUGCCCAGAAUAUAAACUCGUCAAUUUUAAUUGGAGGAUAGUCUCGUUAUAUUUCACCACAAGGUGGCACUGCACGACAAUCUCUAAUUUUGAGGUUGACUUUUCAAGUUGUCCCAAGGCAACAGACUUCUAGUAAAAAGAGACAUGGCUGCUUUUGUUUUCACAACAAAUUCAUUCAGCUUGAAAAUGGUUGCUGUUAAUUUGGUGGUUCUAAUCUGGGUUUGAAUUGGCACUUUAGCAGCCCACCAUGUCGGGGAGUAAUUAUUUGGUUUAGUGACACAAAAUGUUUGUUUUAUUCAAGGAAGACUCUACUAUAUAUUUUGGAAAAGGCUUGUGUUUGUUUGGCUGUCUGUCUGUUCUCUAUGGGAUACCCCGUGAGAUAUCAUUGCCAAAUGUGACUCAAGGGUUCCCAAGGUGGGGGGGGAGCCAUCUUCAUCACGCAGCUGCUGGGAACCAUUUUGAAUCAAGAUGGCGGAGCAAAACAUGACUUUGGUGUGAUGCCUUUGGUGAGGGAUUUUAACAAUUUAAGCAGAAUGGAGGGACAAUCCGCCCUUUGAAUGUUACAAGAAUCCAGGACAGCCCAAGAAUCCAAUUAAGUUUAUUCAAAAGAAAGUAUAAGGGGGAAAGAGGGAGCAUACCCCUUAAAAGGGGAAAUAAAACACUAAACCAGAUUAUUAAUAUGCCUUGGUCCCUACCGCUGCCAUCUGGUCCAAAGGUUUUUUGGACCAGCUUGUUUAGGGACGCUCUCUGGCGGUGAUGAGUAGCUAUCCUUUUUCUAUACUGAAAACAGUUUGGGGCGGGGGGAUCGAAAAUACCCUGAGCGUAGGAGAGCAAAAUGUGUUACUGGUCAUUCUUUCCUAAGUGCCUACACCACUUGCCACCAAAUUAUGCACAGCUCUGUUGUGCAGCUGUGUUGGUUUUGGCUCCAUCGUCUAUUUCUGUUUUAUUCAGUGUGCAGCUAUGAAACUUGUACACCCUGUUUUACCAAAGAUUGUGGCACAGCAUGCAAAGUACAAUGAUGGCUUUUCAAAGCACCUCCGGGUCUCCCCAAAACGACCAGACAUCCAAAAUAAAACUGCACCUAGUCUUGAACUGUAGUCACAUCAUUUUCUAUGGGAAUAGGUGGCAAAGGAGAAGUGGGGAGGCUCUAAAACAGUGGUGGGACAACUCUUAGCCCUCCAGAUGUGGACUCCAGCUUUCAUCUGCCCCAGCCAGCGUAACCAGUAGGAAUGCUGGGUUGUAGUCCAGCAACAUCUAGAGGACCAUAGGUAUUCCACCAAUGCUAUAGUUGGGUUUCCAGGCAAGUGAUAUAUCAACUGGACAAAAUGAGACACCAGUGCCGCCUUCCAUCUCCAAUCAAAUAUGAGGUCAUCAUGCUAAAGUAGUCAAACAGAAUCGGAUAGCAUAUUUAAAGUUACACUUAUAUGAAAUUGAUCUCACAGUAUGACUCUUGCUUGCAUCAUCCAAUAUAUAUUGUACAUUCUACACGAUUUCCUGGUUGCCUCAGGAGAUUAUUUGGGGAUUAUUUGAUGAACCAGAAUUAGUGCGAUUCUCUUAAGGUCACUUUCAGAUACAUUUGACACUAGGAUGAAAAAGGUGUUGCUGUUUUUUUUAUGAGUUACACACUG